CUGAGACCGCGAGGAUCUACCUCUUUCCAUAGUGCCCGAGUUCGACUGUGAUUAUUAUCUCUGGGUAGCUCGAGAGGAACGAGCCGCCCGAAGAUGACGCCGAUCCCGCUUGCGUGCGCUAUUCUCGCUGCAUCCUUGUGCAGCAGCGAGGUGCAGGCGAUUUCGUCGUCCUGGCGACCGAUCGUGCCGGGCCACGCCGACGGCGCAGGUAUACUGCAUCAGGAGGCAUCGAUUUUCGGAAACGCGCCUACGCAGACGCUCUACGACGUGGACAGUCCUCAUCAUCUGCUGUCGCAUGACCAAGGGACAUGUGCCCUCUAUAAAGUCGCCAUGACCCAGCAGCUGUACUUCGAGUACAUCCAUUACAAGGUAGACCUGCCGGACAUGAAGGAGUUCACCCUCUGUAUGUGGACGAAAUUCCACAAUCACUCUAACGACCAUCCACUGUUUUCUUACGCAGUCGGCGACCAAGCGCGGGAGAUACUGUCGUGGGUCGCGAACACACCAAGGAGUUCGUAUUACAUGCUCAACGUCAACGGUCACAACUUAUACAGAUUGAAUUAUCCGCUGAGACUUAACAAGUGGUACCACUCCUGCCAGAGCUGGAACGGUCGCACCGGCGAAUGGCAGAUCUGGGUCAACGACGAGCGUGUAGGUCGCGGGUUCAACAACAGGCUAGUCGGGCACGUUAUCAAAGGCGGCGGAAUCGCGAUUUCGGGGCAGGAACAACGACAACUGGGCGGCGGUUUCUUGGAGGGUGAAGAAGCGCCACCAGGUUCCGGUGGCUAUUUAGGAGAACUGACGAUGGUGCAGCUCUACAACGUUGCCCUGACCGCGGGCAAAGCGCACAAAGAUCACAAGCACCAUCACGUUCAUCGUCAUGAACACGACACGAGUAAUGACACGCCGAGGGCCACCACGCGAGCGCCUGUAACCGGACCUCCCUUGCCACCGCAUCCCUUCCUCACUGGAGGGCAGAUCAAUACACAAGUGAAGAUCAAUCCGGGGGCGUCGAUCCAGAUCGUACAAAACGGCCUGACCAUUCGUCAUCCGGCAUUACCGCCGGUCCCGGAAUCGCCCCCACAGCCGCUCCCGCCCUUGAAUCUCGAUGUUUUCACGUCACCCUUCCCCCCGCUACAUCGAUUGCCCGUUGCUCCUAGGCCGUCGUCGAUUUUCUCGAACGGACCCUAUCAUAAUCUCUUCAAAAGAGAGAGAAGCGAGUCGAAGAAACGAGACAUCAAGAACGAGACGGUAAUGUCGAGUUUGACCGAGUCCGAAAAAUCCGUCGUGAAGAGGGACGCCGAGAAAACUUCGAAAGAAACUGAUGGCGACGGCAAGGUAACUUUCGUGGCAAAAACGGAGGACGUAAAUGACAAAAAGCUGGGAAAACGCGAGGCUGAAAAGAAGAAGAAGAGAGGACUGCUGCAGUUAGGCGACGGAUCGAUUCUUGAUGACGGAUACCCCAGUCCUCAAGGUUUGGACGACGACUAUUUCACGGGAUUAACGGGUUUCGGGCUCACUAAGGGGGCAAACGAAGAGGAGGAGGACGAACGGGAGCCCGCCGAGGCUGAGGUCAGACAAGUGAUGGACAUCUGCGACGGAUGCGCCGAGGAACCGUUCGGGAAGGCGUUGAUCCUAGACUGGAGAUCGGUACCCAAGAAGCUUUAUUCCGGCGCGUUGUACUUGCCGGCUAUACCGGUGUGCAAAGCGUUUUAACCACCGACGAGAUAACGCGGCGAAUCGCGCGCGAAGCAACAUUCCGGCGACGUCGCGUGAAUUUUCGCGGAAUUUUAUCGAGCGUCCGCCCGGAAAGAUCCGGAUCGUGCCGAAUAACGACGCGAACCCUCGAUACCCAGUCGACGAAAGAUCGACGAUCUCUCGAGAGCGAAACGUUCCCAGGUAUCCCACGCCAUGUUUUAGAUCGCUGAGUAUCUUUAGUUGCUACGGGCGAAGAUGUUUGUCAUUCGCGCUGCGCUGAGUCCGGCGCCCUUCCGAUUUCUUUUCUCUGCGUUGCUCAUUGAUUCGUUUUUUCUCAAUGAUGCAGCCAAAUACUUUUUUGUUUGUCGUAUCUUCGUAAACAUUACGAACAUGCGGAGAUGCGAACAAUAUUGCCAUUGGAAAAACUUGCGCUUGACAAAACAUCUUGCCGAUCAUAUUUAUUUGCAAUUUCUAUCCGAUUAACUGUACGACGAUUAAGUCUGAAGCUUCCACGAGUAUUGUGAUGGCGAGUACGGGGUCAAUUGUAAUGAAUGUAAGAAAUAAUCGUAACCCUCGUUAGAUAGCAAGACAUAUCAAUAAUCUAUAAAAGUCUGGCAAAACCUUUUUUUAAAUAUUAGAAUUCUAGUAUGUUUAUUUGUGCGGAACGGUUAAAAUCUUUGUCGGUAUUGUUACAAAUGGCCGGAAAUGUCUGUAAUAACGAUAUGCGAUAAACGUCGCGGUAAUUCCUGAUGUAUACGAGGAUAGUGUUUAAUUAGUUAAGAAAAAUUUCAUUAACGGAAUAAAGAAUGUUGGCGUAAUAGGACAGUAUUAUGUUGUAAAUUCGAGAAACUGAUCACGAAUAACAACGAUCGCUUUUAACAGAAUACUCAUCGUGGUUUUAAGGUGCGUGCUGAUCGAUUGACCUCGGCGAGACGAAGGGAAACUUAAUUAUGUAAUAACGACGGAAACCGCCUUAAUCGAUCAGCAAUGUACGCCUCGGUCGCUUAAAGCUCGACUUAGCUCUAGUGGUGUAUAUUUUGUGUACAUGUGAAGUAUGCCGAAUAAACUUUUAUAAACCGUU